UUCCUCCAUUUCAUUUCUCUGGAACUAAGUCUUGUGACAACAUCAGUGAAAUAAGGACUCACUCAAAUUUUCAGGAGGGAUAUUGCAAUUGUAUGUCACCAACUACAGAAAUGCAAGCAGUCAGGUCUCUGUUUGUCCCAAAGUGGUCUUCAAAUGUGUGUCUGGAGGGAAAGACAGUUAUCAUAACGGGGGCUAACACUGGAAUUGGAAAAGAGACAGCUAAAGACCUGGCUGGCAGAGGUGCGCGGGUGAUUUUAGCAUGCAGAGACAUGACAAAAGGAGAGCAAGCUUCCCGUGACAUCAUGAGAGAGGUGAAGGGAGCCAAGGUUGUCGCCAGGCAACUGGAUCUGGCUGACACCAAAUCAAUUUGCCAGUUUUCUGAGAAUGUCUACGACACUGAAAGGGCUCUGCAUUACCUGAUCAACAAUGCAGGUGUGGCUAUUUGCCCUUAUGCUAUUACUGUGGAUGGAUAUGAGAUGCAGUUUGGAGUCAAUCACUUGGGUCAUUUCUUCCUGACCUUUCUGCUACUGGACUUGCUGAAGCACUCGGCCCCAUCCCGGGUUAUCAACGUGUCAUCGGCAGCUCACGCCAUGGGCAAGAUCCAGUUUGCUGACCUGAAUGGUGGCAAAGACUAUCACCCUGUCAGGGCCUAUGCACAGAGCAAGCUGGCCAAUGUCCUGUUUACCAGAGAGCUGGCCAGGAGGACUGAGGCCCUAGGUGUGACAGCUUACUCGGUGGACCCUGGAAUGGGGAACACUGAGAUAACUAGGCACAUAAGGCGCCCUCUUGUGGAUAUAUUCAAGACCUUGGGUAUGCUGGUCAAGACCCCGGCAGAGGGAGCCUACACCACUAUCUACUGCACUGUCACUCCUGAAAACCAGCUGGUCACUGGAGGAUACUACAAGGACUGUGCCAGGGCAAAGAGCUGCAGGGCAGGCCAGGAUGAUGGCACUGCCUUAAAGUUGUGGGCUGUUAGUUGCCACCUGCUGGGCAUUCGCUGGAGAUAAACUUACAGAUUUACAGUAUGCUCUUUUAGAUACCAUGAAUAAAUUCAUGAGCUGAUACAGUGAUAGCAAUAAUACAACAAAGAUAGUGAUAUUAAGUUUACUGAAUGUUGAAAAUGUGAUGGAUGUGAUGGACAAAAGUUGUUUAAGUAUGCAAGCAGGAAACCAAAAAUCCACUUAUUGUAGUAGGUCUGGUUUGUAAAACUCAAGGGUCAUGAAGGCUGUCAUGCAAAUAGAUUGGAGUAGGAAAUGAUCGUAGCU